AUGGCGCCGCGAGGCAACCAGAUGUUGGGCAAUGCCCAUUUCCGUAAGCACUGGACGAAGCGCAUAAAGACCUGGUUCAACCAACCCGGCCGUAAGCUGAGAAGACGUGAAAACCGUCAGAAGAAGGCUGUUGCCAUAUCUCCUCGUCCAAUUGCUGGCCUACUCAGAUCUGUGGUCCGCUGCCCUACUCAACGUUACAAUAGGAAAGUGAGACUAGGUCGUGGAUUCACUCUUGAAGAGCUGAGAGCUGUCGGUAUUGGCAAACGAGAAGCCAGAACUAUUGGCAUUGCUGUUGACUACAGAAGGACUAACAAGUCUUUGGAGAGUCUGAAGGCCAAUGUCGAGCGUCUGAAGGAGUACAAGUCCAAGCUGAUCCUAUUCCCCAAGAAGCUCAGCGCACCUAAGAAAGGAGAUAGCAACCCAGAAGAGCUCAAAGUGGCCGCUCAGCUCCAUGGUGAUAUCAUGCCUGUUUCCAACGUUAUUGAAUACGAAGCUCCUCGUGCCAUCACUGAAGCCGAGAGAAAGACCGAAAUUUACCGCCACCUCAGACGAGUUCGUGCUGAUAAGAAAUAUGCCGGUAUGCGCGAAAAGAGGGCUAGGGAGGCCGCUGAGGAGAACAAGUAA